GCGCGCCAGCCAGCGGGAGUGUGUGUGUGUGCGCCCCGGGCGCGGGCUGGGCGGCACUCGCACCGCGGCAGGAGCGGCGGGAGCCGGGCGGCCGCGUCGUCACUCAGGCGGGAGAGGCGGCGGCGGCGGCGGCCGGGCCGGGCCGGGGCUGGGGCAGCGGCGGCCGCGCGGGGCAUGGAGCUGGCAAGCCCGCGCUGAGGCAGGACGCGCCUGCUAGCAGCCAGCGAGAGGCUCUCGGCCGCCCGGCGCGCGGGCUCCCCGGCCGAGCCGGGCAAACUUUUCUUUCUCUUUUGCCCUCUCCAGAGGCGCCUUCUGCGGCGGGCGGACCGACUCCUCGGCGCGGCGGGGCCGGGGCAGGCUGGACGCAGCAUGAUGCGCGCAGUGUGGGAGGCGCUGGCGGCGCUGGCGGCGGUGUCGUGCCUGGUGGGCGCGGUGCGCGGAGGGCCGGGACUCAGCAUGUUCGCCGGCCAGGCGGCGCAGCCCGACCCCUGCUCGGACGAGAACGGCCACCCGCGCCGCUGCAUCCCCGACUUUGUCAACGCGGCCUUCGGCAAGGACGUGCGCGUGUCUAGCACCUGCGGCCGGCCCCCGGCGCGCUACUGCGUGGUGAGCGAGCGCGGCGAGGAGCGGCUGCGCUCCUGCCACCUCUGCAACGCGUCGGACCCCAAGAAGGCGCACCCACCCGCUUUCCUCACCGAUCUCAACAACCCGCACAACCUGACGUGCUGGCAGUCCGAGAACUACCUGCAGUUCCCGCACAACGUCACACUCACACUGUCGCUCGGCAAGAAGUUCGAGGUGACCUACGUGAGCCUGCAGUUCUGCUCGCCACGGCCCGAGUCCAUGGCCAUCUACAAGUCUAUGGACUACGGGCGCACGUGGGUUCCCUUCCAGUUCUACUCCACGCAGUGCCGCAAGAUGUACAACCGGCCGCACCGCGCGCCCAUCACCAAGCAGAACGAGCAGGAGGCCGUGUGCACCGACUCGCACACCGACAUGCGUCCGCUCUCGGGUGGCCUCAUCGCCUUCAGCACGCUGGACGGGCGGCCCUCGGCGCACGACUUCGACAACUCGCCCGUGCUGCAGGACUGGGUCACGGCCACCGACAUCCGCGUGGCCUUCAGCCGCCUGCACACGUUCGGCGACGAGAACGAGGACGACUCGGAGCUGGCGCGCGACUCGUACUUCUACGCCGUGUCCGACCUGCAGGUGGGCGGCCGCUGCAAGUGCAACGGCCACGCGGCGCGCUGCGUGCGCGACCGCGACGACAGCCUGGUGUGCGACUGCAGGCACAACACCGCCGGCCCGGAGUGCGACCGCUGCAAGCCCUUCCACUACGACCGGCCCUGGCAGCGCGCCACCGCCCGCGAGGCCAACGAAUGUGUGGCCUGUAACUGCAACCUGCACGCUCGCCGCUGCCGCUUCAACAUGGAGCUUUACAAGCUGUCGGGGCGCAAGAGCGGGGGCGUCUGCCUCAACUGCCGCCACAACACGGCCGGUCGCCACUGCCACUACUGCAAGGAGGGCUACUUCCGCGACCUGGGCAAGCCCAUCACCCACCGCAAGGCCUGCAAAGGUAGGCGGGGCGGGGCCGGGGGCCGGCCCUCCCCCCCCUCUCCUCCCCCCCACCCCUCUCCUCCUCCCCCCCCCCCCCCCCCGUCCUCCUCCUCCUCGUCCCCAUGGCACGCACGCACGCACGCACGCCUCGCAGGUAUUUGGAGGUGCAGGGAGGAACAAAGGGGCGGUGGAGGAGCGGCCCGGGAGAAGAAAGGAGGUGUGAGCCCCGCGAGGGUGCAGCCUGGGCCCCGCCCCCUCCGCGCGCACAGGUGCGCCGCAUACCACAGGGCGAGGGUCAUGUUCACCCAGCUUACAAAGGACCCUCUUUCACCAAACCCCGCACAGAUGCAUGUGGGGGAUGUGUGCGCGCCCCCACCGCCCGCCCUCCACGCCCCCACAGACGCGCACCUUCGCAGCGGCGGCGAGGUCGGCCGCAUGGGGAGGGGCGAGGGGGGAGGGGCUCAGAGGAGCGCUUUAAUCCACCUGCAAAUAGUUUCACGUCUCAGGACAAAAAAAAAAACCUACAGGGAGACGGGGACUCUAUUUUCGCUCACCGAAGCAAGCAGUAAUGUUUUAACUUUUCGCCUGUUUGUUUUCUCCACUGACAAAAAUGAAGCAAUGGUCAGAUGACUCAGAGGAGCUGAUGAAGUGCCAGGGGAUUUAGUGACCAUGGGGAGGGGAAAGUGCCCGCCCCUUCCCUCCCCCAACAUUUGCUUUUGGGAAUUCCAGGAACCAGGGUUCUCCGGGUCCAAACUUGGGGCCUGGAGCCAGGGCUUGCUGUGAGCAUGGCUUCCGGAGGAGAGAGUGGUCUCUGAGGGCUCCUGGGCCCCAAGCCAGCAUGGAUGGGGGUCCUCCCAGGGACCCGUGAAGACCCUGGCGCGGGGCGGACCCGGGCCAUGCAGACAGGCCCAGAUGAUGGGCUGCAGCAGAGAACCCCUUCUGUGGCCACUGCUUAGCCUUGGAUGCAGCCAAAGUAUCAUCUUCUUAACAGGAAAUCCACCAGAUGUCGGGCACUUGUGUGCUGGACUGAUUACAUAAUUCACAGGCUCCAGUGCAAAAUGAAAACCCCUGGGGCUUCGUGUUCAGGAAUUGCUAAGAAUUUCAAAAUGGCCAGUAGAGUUUCGACCAAGCAUGUACCCUUCUGAGUGCAGGGCUCCCGAGGCUGGCCCUGCUCUUGCAGAGUGCUUUUCUCCAAAAAGCAGGGUCCUGUCUCUUUGCUCCAGGAGAAACCCUUGGAUUCCAAGUGAGCGGGGAUGGAUAGGGUGGCUCCCAGCACACAAGUCCACUCUACUUCCAGAUCUGUGGACUUAAGGCUGCCUCUGGUGGUUGCUGAGAGAAAUUUAAGCAUAAAGGUAGCUGGGCUAUUUCCACAUUAAAAACAACAAAGAAACAAAACCCCAAAAAACAAACUGAUCCAGGUGAGAAUCCCCUGGAAGCUUUGAGCUGGAACUGAGAAGAUGACCUGGGCAAAGGGAUCCAGGAAAUGCCUCUGGUGGCAGCAAGGCAGGGGCACCAGGGAAGGAGGGCUUUGGGUUUUCAGAGAAUGGCGUUGGAAGGGAGCCAGUGCCUUGUGCCCACGUGUUUAUUGUCUUUUUUCUACAGAAGAAAUUGGAGUCAGGGUCUUGUAAACAAACUGCUUGCGCAUAGAUUUCUUGGGGAUUUGGCCAAGAAAUUUUAGUCAACGAGAGCCACUCAGGUGGGCAGCCCUGUGCUGGUGGGUGCAAAGGUCUGGUCUCUGCCUGAAAGGGCAGUGGUCAUUUCCUGUGGUGCCAGUUUCUGCUGUCAGAGCAGGGAAGGCAUGUCACCUGGAGAAUCAGGAAGGAGCAGGGCCUUGGUCAUCUUGCCAUCUGCCUCCCCUCCCUUUCCUCUGCUGCUGUGGGGAGGGACGAAGGCUGUGUGUGGCUUCUCACUGCUGGGAGUGAGGUGUCAGGAGGCCACAGGGUCGUGGGAACCCGCAGAUCAUUCUCCCAGGCUCUGCCACUCUGGUUAAGGAUGCUGGCUUCCUUUGCUGGUUUCCAGGAGGGACAGAUGCGGGCAGAUGAAGGUGUGAUCCUGCCUUAGUUCAAAUACUGUGGCCAGCCUGGGUGGCUGUGUCUUUCCUCCCAACCCUUGACAGCAAGUGCUGCGGUGGUAACCUGGGAGAAGAACCCAUCCAUGGAAGAGGAGAAACACAAGGAUGGACUCUGCUCAGCACGACACCUGCUUAUCCUGCUGGGGAAACGUCUCAGGAAAGGGGUGGCGGGGACUCUCAGUGCCUCCUGAUUGGUGGAGAAAGCCUUCAAGGAUCCUGCCUCCUGAUUGGUGAGGAAAAGCAUUGCCCUAAGUGCCCUGUUUCGUGAUUGGUGAGAAAGACAACGCCUGAAAGAUCUGCUUUCUGAUUGGUGAGAAGAAUGUGAUCUGAAAGGGCCUGCCAUUUCAUUGGUGGCAUGCCUUGAAAGUUCCGGAUCUUCCCCCUCAGCUCUUCUUUUCCUGGUGUCACCGCCUGAGGGGCUGUGGGAACGUUGAAUCAGCAGUUCCGUCACAGAACUCUUCCUACCAAAGAAAGACGCUGGGAUCUUGGCAUAAACGCUGUGGGAGUUCAGACACCGGCAGGGGAUGUGUUCCCCGGAGAUCUUCAGACAGGGGUGUCUCCAUCACACAGGCACACGCGCGCGCGCACCGUGGCGUCCACUGUCCUGAGGAUAGUUUAAGGAAAGGGUUUCCUUGGUUGAACCAUUUGGUCCCAGCAUUUUGAUUUCGGAUGGUUUGCUCUCAGAGGCUUCCAGAAUCGUGUAGGUGUGGAGUCACCCCCAGCCCUGGCCCUGUGGGAGAUCUUGAAGGCUGCACUUCUCUGCUCUGUUUCAGAUGCAUUUUCUGGGGUCCUCUUGACUCCGAUUGGCCAUUGGCCUGAGGGUGCUUGGGAAUAACCCUGCGGGGGGGCGAGGGCGGGGGGCUUUUCCCCCUGACCUCCCAGGGCCUGGGAGGAGCCCUGGGCAGGGGCUGAGGCCACCCAUACACUGCUGGUGAUUGGCUGCCUCCCAGCCUUGUUCAGUUGAGAGCAGGGGUGGAACCCAGACAAGAACAGCUUGGAGCAAGGGCACUCCAUCCCAAACAGCAUUGCCCCGUCCCCAUUGGGGAAGUUUCAUAGCAACAAAUUUGUUGGGUUCUUUCUGCCCUCCCCUAGUUUAGAACCAGACCGGGGCUGGCAGGGCUGGUGCAUACAAAGGACUGUAAUCAACAUGCCCAGGGGACAGGCGGCUGCACUCUCCCCCUAUUCAGCGCGAUUUCACAGCCCUGGGAAGGGCUCAUUAUGGCGCAGGCUGUUGUCCUGCACAAAGUCAGACCAGAUGAAUCUCUCCCUUUUCUCGCAGAAUGCUGUGUGAAUGAUACUCGUCCUGGAAUCUGUCAGAAGAUAGGCGGUUUUGUUUACCAUUUGUCUUCUUUAUGGACUUGCGGGCUCUUUUUCUUUAGAGGCAGCAAAGAAGACUUACCAUUUAACCAUUUCAGCCAUGCCUCCAUUUAAACGAUAUUAAUUUAUCAUCUCCCCAAACCAUCUGUGAUGGAUAAAGACAUUCCAGGGGGCUCCCGUGAACCGAAUUGUGAUGAGAAGGGGACGUUGCCCACCGCAUCUAGCAUCCCCGCUCAGAGCUGCCUGUUUCUUUUGCCCGUUCAAGUCCAGUCAGCAGGGCUGAGCGCUGCCUGGCCGCUAAGAAGGGGCGGGUGGUGUGAGCAGAAGCCCGUGCUGGUCCACACCGUCUUUAUCAGGACUUGCUCGCUGCCCCCAUCCCCCGCUGUUUCUUCCAGCAGCUCUGCCAAGGGUUGGGGAGGAAGCUGGUGCCUGGGGCCACCCCCUGGGCUCCUUGACCCUCGGCGUUGUAGCCAAGGCUGAGAAGCGGGACAGUAAGGAGAAUGAGAAAUCAGUACGGAGACUUGCUCGUGUGUUGAGCAAGCGACGACUCAGAGGGGGCCUAGGAUUUCUUCCUUAGAGAGGAGAGACUUAGCAUCCAUAAGUUUCAGUGUUUUGAUGGCGUCUUGCUGAAAACUGGGUGGAGGGGGAUGUGUCUUUACAAUUGUAAAAGUUUGCAUCCUACUGGUAAGUCUGGGAGCUUAGUGGUACAGUCUGAUGCUCUAGUGUCCAGAUGAAAGAUGGGAUGGAGCAGUCAUCACUGCUACAUAGUGUGUGUGAGAGAGAGAGAGGGAGAAAGUCUAGCUCUGGUCAUCUGAGGGUUUAGUGGCAGCACAGCUAGGAACCUGAGACCCCUGUCCCUUCCGGGCUGCAGGGUUACGUCCGUGCAGCCUGUAAAAGCCUAGAAAUCAGAGACGCCCUUGCAUUUUGUGGGCUCCUUGUCACCGUUCCUCUUCUGUCAUCUUGGCGGCUGCGGGGAAAGGGGUUGGUCGUCUUGGGUGGAAGGUACUCAGUGGCUGGAGCGGCUCCCAGCUCAGAGGAUAGAGACCACAACCCCAGGGUCCAGUCGAGGCCAGCACCCGUGGGGUGUGAGCCCGUCAGAGGAGAGGCGAGCCCCUGGGGACGAGCUCAGCUCCACCUGUGGCCUGUGCUCCCCGGGGAGCGCAGGGGUCAGAAUCCUGAUCUCCAGCUUGGCUCCAGUCUCAAGGCCCAGCGAGCAUCACACGAGUCACGGGCCCUCCCUAGACCGUGGUCUCCGCAUCCGUGAAGUCGCAUUCAGAUGUACCGUCUCUCGUCCCUCCCGUCUCUCGUCCCUCGAGGCCCCUCCAGCUUUGAUGUUCCGCAUCCCACGUGCUCGCUUUGAAAAACCUUUAAUUAAAAAAAUUCAAAAAUCUAUCAUUUAAAAAAUGAUCCAGGAGUUCCCGUUGUGGCGCAGUGGUUAACGAAUCCGACUAGGAACCAUGAGGUUGCGGGUUCCAUCCCUGGCCUUGCUCAGUGGGUUAACAAUCCGGCGUUGCCGUGAGCUGUGGUGUAGGUCGCAGACGUGGUUCGGAUCCCGAGUUGCUGUGGCUCUGGCGUAGGCCGGUGGCUACAGCUCCGAUUUGACCCCUAGCCUGGGAACCUCCAUAUGCCGCGGGAGCGGCCCAAGGAAUAGCAAAAAGACAAAAAAAAAAAAAA